CUUCCUUUUUUGAAAGAGAAAUUCCCCAGACGGACCUGGCGACCUGGCACAGAACUAAAGGAGGAUUAGAAGAAUUUUUCUUCCUGCCAUUCAGACCUCUGAAAGGGAAACCCAAGAGGCAGUGACUAAUUUCCAUGACUUUCUGUUUCCAUUCUGCGCAAUGGAUCUUCAGCUCAGCUAGCUUUCAUUCUGUCGCCAACCAUCUGAAGAAGGAUGUCUCUGUCAACGCAGCUCUUAUACACCAUCAACCGAAUAGUGGAGGAGCUCAGUCCGGAGGAGUGUAAGCGUUUGUCGUACCUGUGUGGAGAGCUUCACACCGGGCGAUGCACGACCAACGUAAAGGAAAUGCUGCAGUCUUGCGUGGCCCAAAUGCACACAGCUCAGGCCUUUCUGAUCGAGCUGAUGCUGAGGAUAAGGCGGUAUGAUUUACUCUCUGAGGUGUUGGGCAUCAGAAAAAACGAGGCUGAGCGGCUUUUGAAAAACGGCCAUGCUGUCUCAGAUUACAGGGUACUAAUGGCUGAAUUGAGCGAGGACUUCGGCUCGGAUGAUUUGGAGUCACUAGUUUUCCUGCUCAGAGGCAUCCUGCCCAAAGAGAAAGUGGAAAAGUUUGAGUGCUUCCUGGAUGUGGUCGUGGAACUGGAGAAGGUGGAUCAGAUCUCCAGCACCAAGAUGGACAUGAUGGAGAAAUACCUGAGAGCCAUUCACCGUGUCGACCUGGCCAAGAGACUCAGCCAGUACCAGAGCAGAGCUGAAACACAAAGACAUGCUGCAGUGAGGUCAAGAGACGAGCGGUGGCCGUGUAUAGCCGCAUCGGCUCACACUUCAACUGCAUUUCCAUCCACACCCUGCAGUGUGAGCAAACACACCACACCCUGCGUUAACACUACAGUACCCAAGUGUCUCACACAAAGUAAACCUUGUGAGCGGCAGGAGGAUAUGUACCGGAUGCGGAGCGAGCCUCGGGGAAUCUGUGUGAUCAUAGACUGUGUGGGUACUGAAGGAGUCCGUCUUGAGCGGUUAUUUUCAAGUCUUCACUUCCACGUGAGCCUUCACAUGCUGCUGAGUGUUAGCGAUGUCAUUUCCUGCCUGCAGUCCAUCUCCAGACAGACUGAGCAUUACAGCAUGGACGCCUUCAUCUGCUGCAUCAUCAGCCGUUUCAACUCAUUCCGGCUGUUUGGCAUUGACUCGCACGGCCCGGGACUCGACCUGAACACCAUCCGUCAAUUGUUCACGCCUUACUCCUGCCCAGGACUGACAGGAAAACCCAAACUCUUCUUUAUCCAAGGCUAUGAAAUCUCUGGCUAUGAAAAGUUCACAGGGUUCUGCAAUUACGAGGAUGGAGAGCUGGAGACGGACAGCCCUUUCCAUCAUCGCUGCAAAGGGGAGGAAGUCCCGGAGGAUGCAGACAUCUUCUGGAGUCAAUGCUGGACCAAUGAGAAGCAGCUUGAGAACAUCGAUCAUCACUCGGUUUAUUUACAGUCCCUGAAAGAGGCCUUAGUCGAUGGACAGAAGAGGAGGGUUCAUCUGGUGGACCUUCACAUGGCGGUGAAUCGAGCAGUGUAUGCUCAUAACCACAGCCAUCCAGAAGCAGGUUAUCACCUCAACCUCAAACACACGCUCCGGAGAAACGUCUAUCUCUCAUGAGUCUCAUAUUCACCUAACAAGCCGCUGGAAUAUAUUUUUUUCUGAUCCAAACACAGAUUAUUUUGUGUUCAAUGCAGACUGGGUUAAUUGUAUCAAUUAGGGUGCAGAGUAAUCUAGUUGACUAGUCGACUUACAUCACCAAAAAUGACAAAUCUGUGGUUUGUUUUCAGAGUUACAGGAGGACAGUGAUCAUGUGAUCAUGUAGGGUUUUAUGUCCACACGAUGGCAGUGUUGGCAUUACGUUUCAUUUUAAACCUGUGAAGAUAUUGAAGUUAUUACUGAACAUUUCAACAGAACAUUAGUUAGCAAUUCAACCUUUCUUACUCAUGUUUCUUUUUUUUUUAACAUUUUAAUUUAUUUAUUUAUUAUUUUUACACGUUUUUAUAUAAAAUACUUAUAUUAAGUGUUUCUUUUUAUUUUUAACAGUUAAUUUAAAAACCAAUCUUUACAUUUCAAUCCAUUCCAAAUAAUAGCCCAUAUAUCAGACUUCCAUAUUAGUCCAGAUUGGAAAUUAUUAUUUCCAAAGAUUUUUUACUAUAUAGUUAUUUUUAUUGAUUUAAUUUCUGGAAAUAUAAAAUGACUCCUACUGGCAUUACAUAUCAUUAACAGAAAACUAAAUGAAUAAUAAAUAAUAAUAACUAAUUUAAUAGUCACUGUAUACUGUCACCCUGUAUUUUUUUUGCUCCUUCUGUACACACCAAUACAGGGUGGUACUCACAGACACACAUUCAGUACAACAUUUACUCUAUAAUCAAUACAAUAUAAAAUACAAUACAAAAUAAAUUAUAUUUAAUGCAUUUAGUGGCUUUGUUACAAAGAAAUUUUGUUAUAAAAUGAUCUUCUGGGCAAAGCCACAAGUUUAGUCUCAUCUUAACAUGAAGUUCAUACACACUGCUCAAUGCUUUUUCAGAAGUGUGUGUAUUUUAUUGUGUUAACAAUAACAACACAUAAUAAUUCACAAGCUUAUUGAUAUGUGUAUAGAUUAUGAUAUGAUCCCCCCCCCCCCCC